CGUUCCGCGCGGCGCGACUUAAAAGUCCCUGCGUCAUGACGUCAUCGGCCCGCUGGGCCACGCCGUCCCGUGCGUCAUGACGUCAUCGUCCCGCUGUGCCACGCUGUCCCGUGCGUCAUGACGUCAUCGUCCCGCUGUGCCGCGCCGUUCCGUGCGUCGUGACGUCAUCACGCACGCCGAGCGAGACGAGCAGCGAUGGCGGCGUCCAGGGAGCGCGCCGUGCAGGACCUGCAGCAGUGGAAGGAGAAGGAUCUGAAGAAGCGGCGCAAGCUGCAGACGAGGAGGAAGGCGGAGAAGCGGCCCGAGUACGUCGUGGAGCAGGAGGCCAUCGCCAAGCUCACCGACAGAUACGCGCAGAUCAAUGUCGCGGACGUUGUGAAGUUUUCCGAUUUCCCGCUGUCCAAGAAGACGCUUAAAGGUCUGCAGAAUGCGGAGUACCGCUUGCCGACGGAGAUCCAGCGCAGGACGGUGGGGCUGGCGCUACAAGGCCAAGACGUCCUUGGAGCAGCCAAGACCGGAUCCGGCAAAACCCUCGCCUUUCUCAUCCCCGCUCUGGAGUGCCUGUACCGGAAGCAGUGGACGGCAGACGAUGGUCUGGGCGUGCUCAUCAUCUCCCCGACGCGGGAGCUCGCCUUCCAGACCUUCGAGGUCCUGCGCAAGGUCGGCAAGUACCACGAGUUCUCAGCGGGCCUCAUCAUCGGGGGCAAGGACGUGAAGGAGGAGUCUGAGAGGAUCCAUCGGACCAACGUCAUCAUCUGCACGCCGGGGCGGCUGCUGCAGCACAUGGACGAAACGAGCUACUUCUAUGCCAACAACCUCCAGCUGCUCGUUCUGGACGAGGCUGACCGCAUCCUGGACCUGGGCUUUGCGGUGACGGUGAACGCGGUGGUGGAGAACCUCCCGGCCGGCAGGCAGACGCUACUCUUCUCCGCCACGCAGACCAAGUCCGUGCGCGACCUCGCACGGCUCAGCCUGCGCGACCCCGCCUACGUGUGGGUGCACGAACAGGCCAAGUACAGCACCCCAGCCACCCUGGAGCAGAACUACGUGGUGUGUGAGCUCCACCAGAAGGUGAACAUGCUCUACUCCUUCAUCAAGAGCCACCUCACCAAGAAGGUCAUCGUCUUCUUCUCCAGCUGCAAGCAGGUGCAGUUCCUGUUCCACGCUUUCUGCCGCCUGCGGCCAGGAAUGCCCAUCCUGGCGCUGCACGGCAAGCAGCAGCAGAUGAAGCGGAUGGAUGUGUACCAGGACUUCUGCCGCAAGAAGUCAGCCGCCCUCUUCGCCACCGACAUCGCUGCUCGAGGCCUCGAUUUCCCGGCCGUCAGCUGGGUGCUGCAGUUCGACUGCCCUGAGGACGCCAGCACCUACAUCCACCGCGCGGGGCGCACAGCCCGGUACCAGGAGGAUGGCGAGGCGCUGCUCAUGCUGCUGCCCUCUGAGGAGGCCGGCAUGGUGAAGCAGCUGCAGGAGCGCAAGGUUCCCAUCAACAAGAUCCGGGUCAACCCGGAUAAACUGAAGGAUGUGCGCGGAAAGCUGGAGGGCUUCCUGGCGCAGGAGAAGGAACUGAAGGAGCGGGCUCAGCGGUGCUUCAUGUCGUACCUCCGUGCCGUCUACCUCAUGAAGAACAAGGAGGUGUUCGAUGUCACGCGGCUGCCGCUCCCGCAGUACGCACUGUCUCUGGGACUUGCCGUGGCUCCCCGCAUCCGCUUCCUGCAGAGGGAAGCGCAGCAAAGGAGGGCAGCCGCCCAGAAAGAGGCGGCCCAGUGCACGCUGGGAACGGAGGGGGCCAGCACGAAGGCCGCGCCCCAGCGGAGAGCGUCAGAAGAAGGGGCGUCCGACUCGGAGACGGAGCUGAACGCGUUCCGCGAGCACCUGCGGCAGGGGGCGGAGCGGGGCCACUCGGCGAGCGGCGGCCCAGCCACGACCACGACCACCAAGACCACCACGACGGCGCCGCCGCCGCACGACUCCUCGUCCAGCGAAGAGGAUGAGGAGGAAGGGGGUGACACGGAGGAGGAGGAGGACGAUGAUGAAGAGGCAGUGGACGCUGCCCCCCCACCAAAGUUCUCGUUGGGUCAGGAGGAGGACGAUGACGACGACGAUGACGAGGGCGCGGAGCUGCUGAGCGUGAAGCGGCGCGACGUGUUUGGGGUGCGGGGGGCGUCGCAGGCGACGGACGAGGUGGAGGACGAGGUGGAGGACGAGGUGACAUCGCAGAAGAAGGAGCGGAGGGCCGGCGGCGGCAGCGGCCGUAACAGCCGCGUGCGCGAGGCCAAGCGCGUGCUCAAAAAGAAGCUCAAAGUGAACACUCGCGUCCUGUUCACCGACGAGGGCGAGAAGGUGCAGGCCUGGCCACCGAUGCAGAGCAUGGCUGCGCUUGACGACGAUGAGGACGACGACGACGACGGGGGGCCGGGAGGCAUCGACGUGCAGCAAGCGCGGAAGCGGCUGCACCGGGAGGACAAGGUGGACAAGGAGCUCUACCGGGAGAAGGUCAAGAAGAAGCACAGGGAACAACGACUGAGAGCCAAGGAGGAGCGCAGGGCGCUGAGCAAGCGUGGACGCAACAAGGAUGAGGCGGGCACCGCCGUCCUCGGCCGCAGCGACGACAGCGACGACGAGCGAGAGGACUUUGACCCCAGCACCCUGCCUGACCCCGACAAGUACCGCGAUGAGGAGGGGGAGAAACGUGGAGUCGCCGACGAGGGCGACAGCUCGUCGCAGGAGAGCGGCGAGGAUGGUGGAGAGCCAAAGACGGCGGCAAUGGCGACGAGCGGGGACCGCCGCGGCACGGGCCCUCUCCGCAAGCGGCGACGGGCACAGUCGAACGACGACGACUGAUGAUGAUGCUGGCGGGAGGGUGAUGGACACGGGGCUGUCUCUGGCCGAAGACGAGGAACUUGUGCUGCACCUGCUCCGCCAGUAGAGGCCGAGCGGCCAUGCAGCCUUUUGUCGGCACGGCGGGGACGUAUGGCCGGGAGAUGGACUCGAGCGAAGGCCGAUCACUGUGAACACAUCAACAUCAUCAGUAAUUAUUUCACAAUUUAUAUUUUUGGGUUAUGCCAUGUACUGGAAUGAUCUGGUCCAAUUUGUUGCGAAACUCUUGACCACCCAACGAUUUAAACGGUCACAUGAUGUACAAGCUGUUUAACGAUGUGCCAAUUAUUAUUGAUUCCCGCUAGAGUUGAAGACCGGAAUUCUGGCAAAGUCUUUACGUGGCCUUAACCCAAAAUUCGAUUAUAAAUGGUAGUAUUGGCUGCGAAAGCCUCUGCGUUAAGUAAACAAUAAUUGGAACGUAUCGGUUUUCUACAUGCAAUCGGAUUUUUUAGACCCUUUACUGAAAUAACAUAAUUGAUCAAAAAAAUUACGUUCGGGUGGCAGGCAGAGGCGGUGUCGGUGGGGAGGGAGGGAGCCAGGGCAGGACAACACGGGAAGGAGGGCGACACCGUGGCACUGCAGCCAUGGGCCCAACAAGAACCACAACGACGAGCCCCUUGGGCAACCAGGGCAGUAUUCUUGGUUCUUUCGGUAAAGUCACGUAGAAGGGAAAUAAUAAAAUAAUAAAAAUUUUACCUAAUAAGAUUUCAUUAUUUCCCUUCUACAUGACUUUACCGAAAAAAACAAGAAUAUCAACCAUGCAGUCACAAAAGCUUUAAAUCGAAAGCAGGGCAGUGCCAAUGAGCCCCCCAGCGUAUCCACAGCGGACCAUUGUGCGAUUACAAAAAUGUUAGUAUCAUUUGGAUCUGAUGAUUAAUAAUGUAUUUUAUAUGUAAUGUCUCUUAUUUAUCCAGGAAGCCUCGCCGGCUCUCAGCAUGUGUGCGAGUUGUUGUACUCCGUGUGGGAGGGCACCAGGGAACCCCCUCGUAGAAUGUGGCCGUGUCCUCGCGGCGCUGAGGAGUCCCAGCGUCCAAAAUCCUCCCGGCACUCACGCCUGCCUACACCCCCCCCUCUCUCGUCUCACUCUACUCCCCUCUACACACUUGCUUACCCCUCCUGUCCUACUACACUUCACUCAAUCCUACCCCUCCCCUCUCAUUCUACUCCCCUCCAACACUCUCCUACCCCUCCGCUCUCAUCUCACUCUGCUCCCCACCACACACUCUCCUACCCCUCCCCUCUUGCCCUACUACUCUCGCUCUCCUACCCCUCCCCUUUUCUCAGUGGGAGGUCGCUCAUUCUCCUCUGCUGUCCCCAGUCUGGAAAUCCCUUCCCCAAGCCAUCUGUCCACUCCCUGUUUAAGUCCAGGUUCAAGACCAUCCCCUUUUCUCUCCACCUAUGGUCGACUGCCUCUCCCAAACAAAUAAGCCAACUUACUUUCUGUAUUGUCUUGAGAUGUGGUUACUUGCAGAUGCCGCUAUGCUAAUUCUUCCAGUAGAAUUACUUCUGACAUUCAUCUGUUGAAUCAAACUUGCAAUCGUCAUUAUUUCGCAAUGAAUAUGCAGUGCGAGGAGCUGGUGCAGCACUGCAUCAUGAACAAGGCGACCUGUGCUAAUUACCCAGCCACUUUCCCAGCCACGGCUGACAUCAGUGGCGAGCGACUGAAUCUCGUCUCCCUUCGCCAGCCUGCACUGAUUAGUGCGGUCAAGCAUCGUCAAAACAACCCUCACGACCGACAGUUGUAGAGGCCUUCAUCCAGCAGUGGAUUGAGAAAUGGUUGUAAAUUAUAUUAUGAAUAUAAUCUUGUACGUUUACACCAUUGUAUAUUUUAUACGUUUAUGUAACUACUGCAGAUUCAACUCAAUAUAAAAAAUAAAUAUGAAUUUGUGACC